AUGGUAAACGUCAAAAAAGGCGUGUUAGUCACAUGUGACCCCGCUAUGCGGCAACUUUUGAUGCAUUUAGAUGAGUCGAGGACGUUGGGAAGCAAGUUUAUUGUGAAGGAACUGGACGAGACUCAUUUGUUCAUCGACCGCGAGAUUGUAAAGAUUUUAGAGGAGAAACUGGAUCACCUAAUGGAACAAAUGAAUCCCGAACUUAGUGAUAAAUGA